AUGUCAGAGGUGGAGAAAGCUUUCCGUAAGUUUGCUGUAUACGGUGACACUUCUGCCAGUGGCAAUGACAUGACAGGGAAAAACUUCUCCAAGAUGUGCAAGGAGUGUGGUGUGAUGGAUGGAAAGGCUGUCACCAGCACCGACGUUGACAUUGUAUUCAACAAAGUCAAGACCAAGGGUGCCCGCACCAUCACCUUUGCUGAGUUCCAGCAGGCCAUGAAGGAGCUCUGUGUAAAGCGCUUCAAGGGCAAAUCACCCGAGGAGGCGCUGCAGGCUGUGUAUGGCCUCAUCGAGGGGAAGGAGCCUGGUCAUGUGGGUGCCACGAAAGCCACCACGGUCGGUGGGGUCGAGAGGCUGACAGACACUAGCAAAUACACUGGCACCCACAAAGAGCGUUUCGAUGAGAGUGGGAAAGGGAAGGGUCUUGCUGGCCGUGAGGAUCUGACAGACAACAGUGGCUAUGUUGGAGCCUACAAGGGAGCUGGCACUUACGACCGGACACACUAGGAUGGAAACUGCUUAAGGAAACAGGGACUCAUCACCUGUA